AUGACAGGAAAAGAGCCGAACCAAGAAGCUCAAGCCGUAUAUAAGAAAUAUGAAAAACAAUCGAACGAAGUUCAAAGUUUUUUAGCAAAUGUUGAUCAUCUUGCUCAAAAUCUCGACAGUCCUACUAAAGUCACCGAAGAUGAUACUGAUAAAAUCAUCUCCUUUAUUAACUUAUACCCAGAAGAUUUCGAAGAAUUCCAAGAUAUCACUCCAAACGACUUAUAUGAUGCAGAUAUCCUUGAAUACAUGAAAGACCUUAUCCAUGUCUUCCUGGCAAAGAUACAAUAUAUACAAAAAAACGAAAUCAUGGAGAUAUUGGUAAACGAAGCCAGCUUAUAUGAGCUUCAUAAUGAUGAAUACAAAUUAAAGUCACUUGUACUAAGCUGCACCGCAACAAAUCCAGAUUUCAGAAGAGAUGCUAAUUUUAUUAAAAAUUUCGUCUUAACAGAAGCAAUGAUACUUGACAAAGAACAGAAGCUUGAGUUCGAUACAUUGUUCCAGAAAGGAAUUCUUGAUCAGGUUGAACAUUUAAUCAAUAAUAAUUUCCCUCUUGAACAAAUUAAAGCGAAACUCAAUUUAAUAUCUCCAUUGCCUCAAUUUGUUGCUAGGACAAAUGAAUUGAAUUUCAAAGCAGAACAAAAAUCCAAUUAA